CCCCUAAAACUGCGAUCCAAAAUAUUCCCCAAUUCCAAACUUCGCCUCUUCCCCUCGCCGUUCGGCCGCUCCCCCACCCUCACCCCUGCGCUCCUCCGGCGCCCCGCUACCUCCAGCCAGCCAUGGCGAUCUCCACUGAUUCGCGUAGCGAGGAGAAGGCUGCACAGCAUUCUCAGGAGGAGAAGCGGUGGGUGCUGUCUGACUUUGAAGUUGGGAAAGCACUUGGGAGGGGCAAGUUCGGCCAUGUUUACUUGGCCAGGGAAAAGAGGAGCAACCAAAUUGUUGCUCUGAAAGUUCUUUUCAAGAGCCAAUUGAAGCAAUCUCAGGUGGAGCACCAGCUGCGCCGUGAAGUGGAGAUACAGAGCCACCUGCGGCACCCCAAUAUUCUACGUCUAUAUGGGUACUUCUAUGACCAGACCCGUGUUUACCUAAUCCUAGAGUAUGCUGCAAAAGGAGAACUUUACAAGGAACUGCAGAGAUGCAAGCAUUUCUCCGAAAGACGCUCGGCAACUUAUAUUGCAUCAUUGGCCCGUGCACUCAUCUAUCUCCAUGGGAAGCACGUAAUCCAUCGAGAUAUUAAACCGGAAAAUCUUCUGAUUGGAGUUCAGGGCGAGCUCAAGAUAGCAGACUUUGGUUGGUCAGUUCAUACCUUUAAUAGAAGAAGGACAAUGUGCGGAACGUUAGAUUAUCUGCCUCCUGAAAUGGUGGAGAAGACAGAACAUGAUUAUCAUGUUGACAUAUGGAGCUUGGGCAUCCUAUGCUACGAAUUCCUUUAUGGGCUCCCACCUUUUGAGGCCAAAGAACACUCCGAGACAUAUCGAAGGAUAGUGAAAGUUGACCUAAAGUUUCCAGCAAAACCAUUCGUUUCUCCUGCUGCAAAGGACCUGAUUUCACAGAUGCUCGUGAAGAAUUCGGCGCAUCGCCUUCCCCUAAACAAGGUCCUCGAGCACCCCUGGAUCGUCCAAAACGCAGACCCCUCGGGCGUUUACCGAGGGUAGAAUCCGGCUCCUGCUGCGCCGGCACGCUCUCUUUCAUUCAAGCAGGAGAGCUCUGAAUUCUUUUCACUGCUGUUCUCUUGCUUUCGUUAGCCCUCUGGCUUUCGUUAGUCCUCGAGCACAACUGUUGCUCCCAAUUGCAACUGCAUCGGCAAUGUUCGUUCCAAGCUUCAGCACUAGGGGCUCAGUCAAGUGUGUGUUGUGAAUGUGUAUGGGGCCGUGGUCUGUAUCCUACUCUGUAUCUGUUGUUGGGCAACAACUGUUAUUGGUUUAUAUAUAUACUGUGUAUGGGAGUAUAUCAGAAUAUGAGUAUGGGCCGUCGGCAAUGUGUAUGGGAGUAUAUCAGAAUAUGAGUAUGGGCCGUCGGCAAUGUGUACGGGAGUAUAUCAGAAUAUGAGUAGUUUCGAAGCGCCUU